AUGAAUGGAUUGACCCCUGGCCAUCUAGGUGGAGAUGGCGAAGUCAACUUCGAUGAAGGAUUCCAACCUGGUCAGCCAGGAAGUAGUAGCACCCCUCUAGUAGGUCCGAAAUUCGGGACAUGGGGUACUGCUAUACCAAGAGCCCAGCACCGAGGCCAUUUCCUCCUGGUGGCUUCUGUGUGGUCGGGUAGUGCCGCCAUCCCACUCUCAAGAAAGUACUGCCCGGCUUUUUAUCCACUGUCAACCACUGAGAAAAUUCCCCGAAACAUUCAGAUCGAUCUGUUCACGCAUCCCGUGACCAUCGACCCGUCAGCAAAGCAAAGUGGUGGUUUGAGCUAUUCAGUUGGACCUUUCUCAUCAACAGACCCACUGUUAUCCAUUGGCCGGCCCCCUUUAACCUGCCCCCCUCAAGUCAUGUCGCCCGAUAUCAACUCUCUGUCCCCGACCUGGUCCACUGCCUCUUCCCCGCGUCAACGUCGGCUGCCCCCGACUUUAUCCGAUAACUUAUCGUCGCAGCAUACCCAGCCAGACUUUCCUUCUGCAGCCCUGCCCAACAUGAAUAACGGUUCAUCAAAUAACCAUAGCAACAUCAUAGCCACCGAUCUGCCUCAUCGGCCCUCUCAUAGUCACCGCUCCAGCAUGUCAGGAUCGGAACGCCGUCGGUCCCGUACCGGUUCCAGUUCAAUCCUGAACAAUGGCCAUACCAACGCUAGUGACUCGGCCCCCGGGGAACCGACCACAACCCCCCACGACCACCACCGGUCUUCCUUUGGCCAUAACGGGCUUCGCACCUCCAGUCCGCUCAGUAAUGUCGGGGGAAACCCGACCGUUGCCACCGGGGACCCGCAUCAUCAACGUGCACCGUCCCUGGGGGAGCUCCAUCAGGAACUAGAACAAGAACAAGAAGCACAAGUGAACCGUCUUUUACACAUGAUCCGAAGCCAGCAAGCUCAGCUGCAGCACCUUCAACAGCAACAGCAACACUCACAGGCCGUGGUGGAUGACUCUGGUCCUGCUGCGGAACGGCUGACCCCAUUCCCCCCAAUUCCCCCGCUCCCCACAACCAGCAGUCGGGCGUCAACCCAAUUGCCUUCCUCCUUGUCCAGCCGGCGACCCUCCCGCCCGUCUAGUCAAGCCGCUUCACCCAAUCUCCGACCGCUGGCCGAGCCGUCGUGCGGGUCAGAGGGUCCGGAUUGGAGUGCAGGCCCCGGUGAGAGCCCAGCGCGGCGGGGAAGCAGGGAUGAGAGCGCAUUUUACCAGGCGGAGGCAGCGAUGCUGACGCGCGAAAAUCAAAUGCUCCGACAGCGAAUCCGCGAUUUAGAACGCCAAGUUAGUGAGCUGACCUCUGGUGCCCGAUCCAGCGAGAUCCCUGCGGCACCUACCGCACAAGGAACCGAGGCCGUAGAUCACCCAGCGUCCGCAGGAGUGGGAUCGGCGAACGAGUCGUCAGACAAGACCUGA